UUCGUUUCCAUAAUAGAAGACUCGGCGGACGAGACAUCUCAGGGAGGUUUCUCGGUUUUUGAGGGAAGAGACGAAGAGGAAUCGGCGGUUUUCAAUCUCCGCUCCGGUGGUCUCUCGGCGAGAUACGGAAUACGUGAGCACGACUUUUCGGAGAACUUGGUCGUGGAAUACCGAGACGGUUUAUUGGGGUUGCAAUCGUAGAGGUGCUUGGCGAUGGUCCGUCUCCCUGAGCUUUAAUGCAAAGGCGGGUUUCGUUCUGCUCUGACGGAGAGACGAUCGACCGAAUUUUCUGUAGUGAAAUUUCGGAGUUGGGUUUCUGCUUUUCCUUCGAAGUUUGCUAGAUUCGGCUUAUGGAUUUAGCAGAGGAGACUUCUGGCGCCAUCGUUGCGGGAAAAGAUGAGCUGCCGUUGAAUUCUGGUGGGUCUCCAUUGGAUAAGAAUGGGUCUUUGGGGAAAAACUCUGGAGAUUCUGGUUGUGGCGAUGAUGGGGAGGACGGGAUCUCGAGAUCCCAGGUGGUCCAAGAAGGGGCCAGCCAAGCUGUUGCAGGCAGAGAAGCGGAGGACAUCAAUUCCGAUCAAAUUGCUGCAGAAAAAGACGGCCUCUCAAUAGAGACGAAGAAAGGUUUGGGCUCUGAGAAGGAUGGGCUGAACUCUUCGUCCGUGGAAGGAAGAAUUGAAAACGAUGGGAGGGAUGGAAAGGCGAGCUUGUUACCCAACGACGGCGAUUCAAUUGCGGCUUCUAUCACAUCACCGGUGGAUAAGCAGGCAACCGCCUUAACCUCGUCGCCAGAUCGGUCUGAGAAUAUGACUAAAGGAAAGGGAUUGAGGAAGUGGAGGAGGAGGAGAAGGGAGCUGGUUGUCAAAGACGGCAGCGCCGGACUGGACUUGCAUCGGGCGCUCAAGAGGGGCCUAUCGAAUAUCGAUCUCGUAAAUGCUCCUGCUCAACCUGGCGCGAUGGACAUCAGGCUCAAAACUGAAGAGUUGGGUGCUUCUAUGGAUUCGACGGUUCUUUUGGGGUUCACUCCCACGCUGAAUUUUGGGAUACCCCUUCCAGUCUCUGAAUCUGGGUCGGUCUCAGAUGUCCGGAACAUCUUCGUUUCGUCUGCGGUCUCGGAGAACAGUGAGGAUCAAAGUAGCAAAUCAUCAACCGCAGCAAAUUUUCCGACAACGAAGCACGAUUCAGAGGUCAGCGGUGUGCGAGAAAACGAGCAAGUUAAAGGCACAGUUUUGGUGCAGGGCGCUGAAACUCAAUUGGAGGAGAAGAAUUUCGAUGAUGGUACUAAAAAGUUUAGAGCAGAGCGUGGAAAUGAUGAAGAAUUUGCUGAUGAAUCUCCCGGAAACCAUCUCGAAGGUGAGGGUUCUUCGAAGAUCGAUGAGCAAAUAAAUGAUCAAGCUGAUUCCUAUUCUAGUGUGGAGUCCGAUUCGAGGAGCUGUGCUAGAGUGGGAAGCUCUGCAACAGCUGUUUUAAUCUCCACGAAUGGCUGCUUCGCUGAUCAACGUAAUGGGAGGUGGACUCAAGAGGGAAAACAGAGUUGGUCUUCCGAUUGCGAUGGGGAGGUUAACCAGUCCGAAUGCCGGGACAGCAAAGCAGGUGAUGAAGACGAGAAGAAUAAAUAUGAAGAGGCACAUUCAGCAUACUACCAUGAAAAUGGCGUUGAAUUGGAGAGUGAGUUGAGAAAAGAAGAAUCUGAUGGUUCUAAGAAAGGAGAGAGGGUACGCCCCGUUAAACCUCUGAAUCAAAAUCGUAAAUCUUCAUUCGGAGGAGAUUCCUGGACAGAAUCUCUUGCUCAACUUCAAGUUGUCCAAGAAGCUCUUCAGAAAGAGAUUCAGAAGGUUGGAGUGAUGAGAAGGGAAGCAGUUUCACGACUUGACAUUUCUAGCCACAUCCUUGGUACCACAGAUAAGCAUGAGAAGAUUAUUCCAACAUCGUCUGAUGCAGACAGCAGGUACCAGAUUGAAGAAAAUGGCUUCCCCUCCAUUGAAUUGCUGCCCAGUCUGAUGUACCACAGAGUAAUGGUUCUUGAGAGUCGACUGAAAGAUGCAGAGAAAAUGAUACAACAUAAAGAAGGCAGGGUAAAAGAACUUGAAGCAGUUCUUGGAGAAGCGAACCUAGUAAAAGAUGGAAGUGACGGUGACUUGCAAUCUCUAGGGAAGAUGUUAAAUGAGUGGGAAAUGGAGAUCGAGAGGCUGUUCAUGGACAAGAUUGAAGCUGAGACCAGGUAUUUUGUGGUAAAUGAGGCGAACAAUGAAGUGAGAUCCUUGAUUGAGGGUGAGCUUCCGCUUGUUGAAGCUCAUAAGGUUCUUCUUGAAGAGCAGAGACAGAUGUUGAACAAGCUGAAAGAGGCAGAAGAGCACGCUCUUCUGCUGAAGAGCCGAGCAGAGGAACUAGAGAAUGCAUGCGUUAAUCUGUCUGCUACAGAAAGAGAUCUGAAGGUGCGGAGUAAUGUCUCAAAGUUCACUCUCUACUGCUUCAUCCAGUUGAUACUAUUUUUUCUAGCCCUUAAGUUUUUGUUCUUUCAGUCAUCUCCCUAUUCUCCUGGGGUCGUACCCACCUAAUUGGGUGUAUGUUUCUGUAGUUCAUUUUCUUCUUCCCCAGGAACAUCAUGCUGUACUAUAAUCUAGGUUCUUUUUUUCUGUAAGCGCCUAUGCUUCAAUCCUAGCUGAUCAUAUCAAGAUUACCUUCAUGUGCUGUAUAAUGACUGGACUUCUGCUUUUCCGCUGUUUA